CUCCUCCAACAAACUUUCAGAGCUGGAGAGAAGUGUGGAGAGCGCUCUCACGCCCCGCGAGCCCAACUUUUCCGAGUCAGCGCGAGGGUCUGCGGUGACACAUCGCUCUGGGGGUCUUUAAAGGAGAGGAGGGUGGGUUUUACCUGUCUGCAGGUGAGGUUUAAACACUUUUACAGACCCGGAUGAGCUGCUAGGGGGCUUUUUUUUUUCCUCUAAUGGGCUAGAGAAUGCCUCUCCGGCUCUGAGCUCCCCCCCGCGAUUCGGACGCGAUGGCCGGCGUGGUGCGCAGCCUCGGCCGCUGCCUGCUGCCCGCCGAGAGCCCCCCAGAGCGAAGCGGCGCCAAGGAGGGCGCGCGGGCACGCGAUGCCAACCAGGAGCGCGAGGCCAAGCGGCGCAGUCGCGAGAUCGAUGCCAUGCUGGCGCGCGAGAGGCGCUCGGUGCGGCGGCUGGUGAAGAUCCUGCUGCUGGGCGCGGGGGAGAGCGGCAAGUCCACCUUCCUCAAGCAGAUGAGGAUCAUCCACGGCCAGGAGUUCGACCAGAAAGCGCUGCUGGACUUCAGAGACACCAUCUUCCACAACAUCAUCAAGGGCAUGCGGGUGUUGGUGGAUGCCCGGGACAAGCUGGGGGUCUCCUGGCAGAACUCGGAGAACGAGAAGCACGGUAUGUUCGUGAUGUCCUUCGAAAACAAGCCGGGCAAAUCGGUGGAGGUGUGCACCUUCCAGCUGUACGUUCCCGCCCUGCAGGCGCUGUGGGGCGACUCGGGCAUUCAGGAGGCGUACGGACGCAGGAGCGAGUUCCAGCUGAGUGAAUCAGUGAAGUAUUUCCUGGACAACUUGGAUCGGAUUGGGCAACUGAAUUAUGUCCCGAGUCGUCAGGACAUCCUGCUUGCCAGAAAAGCCACCAAGGGCAUCGUGGAGCACGACUUCAUUAUCAAAAAGAUCCCUUUCAAGAUGGUGGACGUAGGCGGUCAGCGCUCGCAGAGGCAGAAGUGGUUCCAGUGCUUCGACGGCAUCACCUCCAUCCUCUUCAUGGUCUCGUCCAGCGAGUACGACCAGGUGCUGAUGGAGGACCGCCGCACCAACCGCCUGGUGGAGUCCAUGAACAUCUUCGAGACCAUCGUCAACAACAAGCUCUUCUCCAACGUCUCCAUCAUCCUCUUCCUCAACAAGAUGGACCUGCUGGUGGAGAAGGUGGCCAAGGUCAGCAUCAACAAGUACUUCUCUGACUUCCGCGGAGACCCGCACCGGCUGGAGGACGUGCAGGCCUACCUGGUGCAGUGCUUCAACCGCAAGCGCCGCAACCGCCACAAGCCCCUGUUCCACCACUUCACCACGGCCAUCGACACGGAGAACAUUCGCUUCGUCUUCCACGCCGUCAAGGACACCAUCCUGCAGGAGAACCUGAAAGACAUCAUGCUGCAGUGACUGAGAAACCACUUCACCAGCCUGGUCAUGAUGGAGACACGCCGUUGUGCCAUACGUUACAGGUUAUUGUGCCACUGUAGGAGGAGAUACACCUUCUGGACGUCAUUUAAAGCUGCUUUGAGCUGGCUAGACGAAUAUCGCCAUUUAUAAAGAGAAUAUCGUAUGCGGCGCUAAUACUGGUCGUAUAAUCAGUAUUGGUGUUUCAUGUAUGAUAGACUCAACCAUGUGGUCAAGAGAGUUGAGCCACUGGAAAGACUUUGUACCACUAUGUAAAGAAUAAGGGGGAGACCACAGACCAGAGAAACGAGACUGAAGUUACUUUGUAAAAUCUUCGUAAAAACGAAAGAGCAUGUGAAUAUGGACAUGAAUGAAUUUGAAUAACACUGAGAUUAAUUUGAUUGUGUGUAUGAGUGUGUGUGUGUGUGUGUGUGUGUAAAUGUGUGUAUGAGUGUGUGUAGAAAAACAGAACAGAAGCCAGCAUCUACAACUACACUAUAUGUACAAAAGUAUUGGAACACCAGCUUAUUAAUUGUUUCUGCAGAAAUCAAGGGUUUUGUUGGAGUAGCUAUCUCUGCUGGGAAGGCUCUCCAAGGAAAGGCUUUCUACCAAAUUUCGAAGCAUCACUGUGAGGAUUUGGUUGCAUUCAUUGAUAAGACCUCCACAAGUCAUCCCAAAAAGAUUGGGUAGAGCACAAUCGUUCCAUUGAACAUAGUUGCUGAGAGCUUUAAACAUCUCUAGCUCCAGAAAAAGUUCUAUUCUUUUGGUAAUACUUCUCUACCAGUCUCAGUGUGCACAUCUCUCUACACUCUCUACACUGUGAUUUUUAAGUCAGCUGAACAAAAAAAUAUUGAAUUGUACAAACUAGUCGCCUCAACUAAGAUUAUUAAAUUUCUUGAUAAAAAAUGGGCCGAACUAAAUCAUUUGUGUUUGCAAAAUUUACAAAUUAUAGUUAAAGAUUAAAUUAAAGAUUGACCUUUUAGUUGAACGGGGUCUAUGGAGCAAUUCAGCAGGGGUUUUCACCUGAUGUUGGUCAUGCUAUUUGCAUAUUGGGCGUGUCCUCCCACCUCUCACUCACUCACCGUCAGUGUGUAGUCAUUCCCCACAGACUGCCUUCUCAUGGAAUCUUAUAUGAUUGACCAUAAGGCAGGUAUGUAAUAGACUAAAUAAAUUCCAAGUCCCAAGUUGCUUUGUUAAAUUAACCAAAAUAGUGUUGCACCCACUGGAUGAUUAAAUUAAUGUACACCUUUUCAUUGGCAAAAAAACUAAGUUUUUUUAGUUGAUCCUAAAGGAUAGUCAGCAAAACGUAUACAAUGCACAUUUAGUAAAACUUAAAUCAGGCGAACUAAAAACCAAAAUUAAUUGUUUAAGUUGGUGAGAGUUAAUAUUUGAAGUUUUAAUAUAUAUAUAUAUAUAUAUAUAUAUAUAUAUAAAAUAAUUAUCUGGGCUUAAGAUUUCUAGUUGGCAAACCGCAUGUGACUUUCAUCAAAACUUCAAAAAAAAGUUUGAGUUGGCCUCAAAACUCUAAAAAUCUAGUGCAGUAAGUUGCCUUGCAAUUUUGAGUUUCUCAUUUUUUUAUUUUUACAGUGUAAGCAAUUGAUGCAACUUAAAGUAGUUAAAUGCAUUCAUUAAUUAAAAGGGCUGUCCACAAACAUUUGGACAUAUAGUGUAAUUCUCACAGCUUUGGCUUCUAUUUAGAGAGGGUGAAUUGGCGUUAGUCAUGAUGAAGCUGAAAUGAAUCACUGAUGUCCUGACUGCUCCCAAUCACAUCUCAUCUCUUUUUUUUCUGAUAUACUGUACAGAAGGCCUUAUUAAUUAAAAACAAUGAGGACCUUAGUGAAGCCAAGAGCAUCUGACAGGGUUCUACGUCAGUGUGUAAAAAUGGCUCAACCUGAAAAACAAACAAAAAAAAUGCCUUCCUUGGCCAAGUCUGAACAUCUCGUUCUGCUUCUGACUGCUUCAUUUGACUCUUUCUGACUUUCUUCAACACAGAACCAAGAGAAAAGCUUUGUACAGCUGCUCUGCUGCACUAACAUUUUAGUUUGACCCCCCAUCAGCAUUGUAAUUUUCUUUAAGAAUUCACUAUUAUAGCAGUUUUAUAAGGUUCUUUCAGGAGCACUAUCUCUGAUUUUUUUUAAGUAUGAAGUUACAUGAAAUGUGUAGAGUUAACUAAACAGGGUUUUGUACAUAGAUUCACAUGACUUCUUCUUUUUAAUGGACAUAUGAAAUACACUAUGUUUCAGUCUGUUUCAGCACUUCUUACUUUAAGGGUGUUUUCACAUCUGUAUUUGUGUAUUUGGUUUGCUCUGGUCUGAAUCAGUUAAUGAAUUUGUAAAAUUUGGAGCAUUUUCACUUUGGUCUGGUUUAUUUUUGUGCAGAGAGCAGCAAAGUGCAUCACAACAAAUAGAGAUGAACUAUGAUUGUCUUUUUUAUUACAGUAAAUUGAGGCCAAUCAAGUGUGGGGCUGGAUGCUGCAUUAACUUUUCCAAAUUAACCUGGCAGUGCAUCAUUCUGCAGGACUUCUGUAAUGUUCUGCUCUAUUUCUAAUGAUAAAAUGACCUUUAUUUUUUGGAUUUUUUGAAUUAACCACAUUUAAAUAAAAAACCAACAACAAAAAUAAACCAUCCAGUUAUUGGUUAGACCAGUCUGGGGUGGAUCAAGAAAGUAAAUACAAAAAGAAGGUCCUCUUUCCUGGACUAGUGUAUAUUUCUGUACAGUUUAAUUGUGAGCAACACCAAUGUUGGUGUUUGUUAAUAAUUAUCUGGAUAAUAAACCAGAUUAAACAGCCCCAGAACAGCCAGUUAGCUCAAAUUUGCCUUGUAGACUAAAUAAUUGGAAAAUGUUGAUAUCAGAUAACAUUCUUAGACCUAGAAUACCUCCUCUCAAGGGUCUCAAGGCAAUUACUUUGGUCCACAUUCAUUCCUGUCCAAAGAAAUCAAAGUGUGAAAACAAACCAGACUUAAAAGUGCAGGUGUGAAAACGCCCCCUUAAAUGUCUCUUCCAGCUGUUUUUCAUUGAUUUAUACUGUCAUAUCACUGGUAUUACAUUCAUAUCACACUACGUAAGUAAGAAUCAGAAGAUGAAGGUGUCUUGAAAUGUUGUUUCUGCACUGCACCUGUACUUAAUGUUUGAAGAUGAGGAGGAUGGUGUAGACAUCUCUAUUGACCUGCCAAUAAGUGGUAUUAGGGCUCUGCUUCUGUGCUAUAAAUGAUUCAGUAAUGUGUAUUUUUUGCAACCCAUUUCUAAAAAAAGUAAGAACAGCAAAGCAUUUAUCAUUUUGUUAUGUUGCUUUUUCUUCUCACAACACUUAAAAUACAUUAGCACUGAGAGUACCAAGCGGUAAUGUGUUAUGAGGGGUUAUUUUGUCCCAUUCUUCCUGCAAACACCUCUUAAAAUGUGCAUUUUUCUCUACUCCAUAUAUUCUCUACUGGGGACAGGUCAGCCCAGUGUACCCUCUAAUUUCACAGCCAAGCCUUUGCUAUUGCAACAUUUGUGCAGCAUGUGGUUUUGCACUGUCUUGUUAAAAAACACAUGGACAUCUCUAUGCACAGUUUGGUUAAAUCGAGCUGGAGCAUGGUUUUGCCCCCUCCCCACUCCCCGCUAACCUGCACUCACACUGCGUUUAAACAAUCCGUGCCCGAGCACGCUUACGUCAUUACUCGCUGCUCAGCAGGCUUGCUGUUGUUGUGCCGAGUUCAGCACCCGUGCCAUGAAAAGCACCCUCUCUCAAGAGUGCAUAACCACCUUUUUUUUCCCCAGAAAUAUUUUUAUUUGGUUUUCCAAAUACACCCCAAAGACAUUAUGUUAUAAUUAAGCACAAGUUGUGAUACACAUACAAAGAAAGCACACAAAUACAAAAAACACAAUAAGCCCUCAACUAAAGACUAACACAUACACAGCGAUAUUCCUUGUUACAAUGGCAGUGAGUUCAAAAUUUAAAGUUGCAUUUUUGGAUAGGGUUACACAGAACUGAAGAAGAAAAAGCUGCACAAUAUGUGGGGACAUCACAGUUAUCUUUCCUCUAUAUGGUCCAGAAUUGGUUGCCAUUUUUUUGCAAAAAACUUUAGUUACAGAUACACUGUGUUUUUGAUAAAUAAGAUAUAAGAGAUAAUCUAAGUCAAGUCAACAGUCAAGGUCAAGUUAUAAUAUAAUAUACUUAGAAAUACGCUCCAAAAGUCACGAUUAUCCUAGUCUUUUCCUUUUCCUGGUGGGGAUGCUGAAUUCGAAACAAACAAAAAGGACCUUUUGAUGGUCCAUGCCAGAUGCCGUUGAGCCCAGAGAAGUUGACACCUUUUCAGGACAUGGUUAACAUAAGGCUUUUGUUUUGCACAGAAUAAAAACAUACAGCAGAC